CAUUGGGACUUCCAGGGGAAAUAGCUAGGCAGUGGCAAAAGAGUGAGAAGAGCACGUUUGUCGGGCGGUACCCAAUGAACUGACUUCUUUUUUUAUUUAGCUUAUUAUUUUUGUCUUUUCAGCAGCUACCUGAAGUUUCUGGCAGAAAAGCCAUCAUGGCAGACCUGGGCUGCAAAAAGCCCAGCGACUGCACUGUCUCCAGGCUCCUCAGCGUAGUGGAGAGUGAACUCCGGGCUGGAAGAGACAAAGGCGACCCCACGGAGAAACAGCUCCAGGUUGUCUUGGAGGAUGCGACGCUAUGGCAGAGAUUCAGGGAAGUCACUAAUGAGAUGAUCGUGACCAAGAAUGGCAGGCGGAUGUUCCCUGUUUUGAAGAUCAGUGUGUCAGGCUUGGAUCCAAAUGCCAUGUAUUCCUUCCUGCUGGACUUUGCUCCGACUGAUGGCCACCGCUGGAAGUAUGUCAAUGGAGAAUGGGUGCCAGCUGGGAAACCAGAGCCACCGAACCACAGCUGUGUCUACAUCCACCCAGACUCUCCCAACUUUGGGGCUCAUUGGAUGAAAGCUGCCAUUUCCUUCAGCAAAGUCAAACUUACCAACAAGCUCAAUGGGAGUGGGCAGAUAAUGUUGAACUCCCUGCACAAAUACGAGCCCCAGGUGCACAUUGUUCGUGUAGGAGGCCCCCACCGGAUGGUGAUGAACUGCUCCUUCCCUGAGACGCAGUUCAUAGCGGUGACUGCCUACCAGAAUGAAGAGAUAACAGCUCUCAAAAUCAAGUAUAAUCCCUUUGCCAAAGCCUUCCUGGAUGCAAAGGAAAGAAACCAUUCUAAGGAUGCUCCAGAGACAGUCUCUGAAGGUCAACAUAUGACAUAUUCUCACCUGGGUGGCUGGUUGAUUUCCAACCCAGAGCCAAUGUGUGCCUCAGGAAGCUCUAAUUACCAGUAUGGUGGAGCUUUACCUCUGCCCGCUCCACAGGCUCCCCACAGCUGCGAGAGAUUCUCGGCCCUGCGAGGCCAUCGGGCUGCUCCAUACCCACCCUCCUACAUGCAGAGGAAUCACUCCCCUUCAGUUAACUUAUUGGACAGCUCCAGCACUAAUCUUCAGGUAUUCUCAGGACACGAUAGCUGGACUUUGCCAUCCUCUUCACAGACUAAUUUGAUCUCAAUGCCACACACAAAGGGAGGUGCCAGCCCUGGAUCCAGCCACUACCCUUGCCUGUGGACAGUGAGCAACAGUGCUGUAAAUGCUGCCAACCCAGGAAGCGAGGUGAACAGCAACCCUCCAAGUGUGUUUUUAAGGGGUAAUAUCCCCUUACCUGCUGCAUCAUCAGUGCAAAUCCCUCUGCAGGGAAUGGUGUCUGGCAGCAUGGAAGCACAAGGGGAAGGCACUCUCACCAGACUGAGUGACUCUGCAUGGACAUCCCCACACUCCUUUCAAUGGACAGGCAGCUCCUGAGGGAAGCUCAGCCGACCAAGACUGACACAAAUGGCAAAUGAUCCCUUAGGAGUGCAGUGCAGAAAUGUAUGCAGGAAAAGGACUUCAUCAGUUCCCAUAAUGUACCUUUUGUGUGCCAGCUAAGCCAAAAUUCAAAGGCAGGAAAUAUUAUACAAAUCAGCUUGUUACUGCAAUUCUAUGCAUCAUUCAGGAUAAAGUCCAGAAAGAAUCUUUUUAGUUAGCUUUGCUUCUAUAUCAUGUUAAAAAUGAUCAGACAUAUGAGACUGAGUGAAGCAGACAUGGCAGCUGGAUACCCGCAUGUCAUUUUAGAAGUUCCCUCUGUAACUAACAGCCAAGUCCAGGGAAAAUUGUGAGCAAGUUUGCAACUGGUCAUUUGAAGGGACAGCACUGUUUUAAAGGCUUUCUGAAUCUCUUACAUAGAGGUUUUCACAAUACCUGAAACUAAACCCCUCAGGGGAUGAAAUUAGUCUGACAUCCUAAUGCCACCUGCAUAUUGCAGUCUCGUCCCCUUCCCUUCUCCAGCUGCUGUUUGCUGUGUGUAUGCCGUGGGGACAGUGGGCACCCUCAAACUGCUCAAGUGACCACAUUGUAGCAGCAGGGUGAAGGGCAGCUAGUUUAGCGUUUAGAGUCUGAUGUUACAGUCUUGGAAAUGGAAAGCUCCAGUGUUUCAAAUAUGUGCUAUAUUUGAAAGGAUGGAGGGAAAAGAAUUAUAGAAAAAAUGUUCAGCUUGCAUUUCUACUUUGCUUUAGCUAUACAGUACAAAUAAACUACGAAUACAUGGUGUAGUAUCUCCUCAGUGCCUUUCCAAGGUGUAUACACACAUCCAAUCUUUCUCACCUAACAACCUCUGAGCUAUUUAAAGCAGCUCUGCCAGAAGUAAGUUGACAGAAGAGGAAUUUCAUAUUCCUUGUCCAGUUACUGGGUGUAAGCUCUUGGGCAUGGUAUUUCAUGUCUUCACACCUGUUUCCCUUCUCACUUUGUCUGCUUCAGCUUCCUUUUUCAGGCUACUGCUUUUCCCAUCCUGCAUGAGUGCACAACAUUUAGCACAGUGAAAUCCUGAUCCUGUCUGGGAUUUCUAACCACUACUGUGAUGCAAACAACAAGAGUCAUCCCCCAGUCUUCCUUGUCCUUUCAUGUAUGUCCUGAGGCAAGUCUUAUCAAAUUCUCAGAGAGGAGUUUUGCUGUUUGGUCUCUAUAAAGAAAAACGAAAGAAAUCUGCAAGCUAACUCAUGUAGAUAUGUCCCUGUAUAAUGAAAUUCCCAGCAGCAAUUCUGGUCUGUUUAGAGUCAUGUGCAUUUGUACAUGGCUGGCACCAUCUCCAGCAUAGAAGAAGAUUCUCUAAAGCUCCUGUGAGCUGUGGUCUCUGCUUCUGCUAGAUACAGCAACAUUCCCUUUGUUAAUACUCAGUUACUGCAUGCAGACUCCGGGAGCAGCAUUCUAUUUUGGGUAAACAUUAGAGGCAGCAGAAAGAGGAGCCUUUUGAUACACAUCUGUCUGGUGAACUCAGCAAACUUACGUUUGAUAUUCUAUUACCUGGCCCAGAAGCCCCCCCUUAAGUUGCUCUCAGUGUUAUGCAUUUUCAUGCCUUCCCCAUCCGGCUUUGCAGAUCAUCUGCAGGCAAGUUCAUGCACCAGAAUGUACUCAAUAACACUGUUAGCUUUGCUGACUUGUGCUGCAAUCCCCUAAGAUCAAAGAAAUACAGUUGCUUUGGGUUUGCAUUUUUAUUAACAGUGGCAUUGGUCAAACAAGAGUCAAUAGAGUGCAAAAAGCUCUGCAUCCUGGUCUCAGUCUUAUCCUUGUCAGUUCUGACUGCAAAUCUGCCUUCUCAAGUUCUGACAAAAGCUUUGUGAUGAGUUUGUCAAUGUUAUGUUUCUCUACCUUGUGGCAAGAAAUGUAAAUAGGUGUUUCUCUCAAAAAUAACUCUGCUUUACAGAUGAGGUUUAUUAACUAACUUAUGCUACCCUCUUCUGGCUGUUCAGCUCCCCACAGACACAUCACACACAGAGUCUACAUAAAAAUGCUAAAAAACAGGCAAGCGGUGACUUCUCUGUGUUCCAGGACUUUAAAUGCUUCUUUCAUGGUUAAUGAAUUGGAUAAUUUCUAAUCCCACAUUACUGCAUUACAGUAAUACAUGAGUGUUACUCAAACUGCAUUUUUAUUUCACAAACAAA